AUGGGUCAAGCAAUUAUUGUAUUUGAUGCCACUGUCACUGGCACGGUAACUUACUGGAAUCGUUCAGCUGAGAACCUUUAUGGUUACUCUGCCUCAGAAGCCCUUGGUCAGAAUAUCCUUGACCUCACUGUCAUAAGAGAGGCCAGAGAAGACGCGAUGCACAUUUUAUGCAAGAGUGUCUCGGGAGGAAAUUGGACGGGGACAUUUCCAGUUAAGACUAAACAAGGGGAUCGAAAGUUUGUGCAUAUUUCCAAUACCCCGCUCUAUGAUGAUAAUGGAAGUAUUGUUGGGAUUGUAUGUACAUCUGUUGACGCACGGGACUUUCUUCAAAUGGACCAAAUACAACCAGUUUCAUCAUCGAAGGUCGGUUCCACCUUUACUCAUUCGACAUCUAAACCUGAUCAUAUUGAUUCUCAACAACCUCUGCAUGUUGUAGUUACUUCAUGUGGAGCUCGAACACUUAUUACACGAGACAUACCUUUUAGAGUUGUCCCAGUGGAAAAACUCCCUGGAAGAAAAGUGGCAAGAUAUGGUGGGAACAGUGAAGGCGAAAUUGGUACUUCAGCAGCAGUGGCUUGCAUUGGCAAGAAAAACAUAUCAUGGCCAUGGAAAGUAAGUCAAUGUGAUGGGUUGGUAGAAAGGACUAGACAUCGCAUCUUUGCCUGCAUGAGUAAUGAACAAGAAAAUGACUUUGUUCGGCCAAAGAGUUCAGUGUCCAACGGAAAGCCUAAACUCCUGGUUAUGGGAAGUCAUAACCAAUUUGCAAAUGAUGCUAAUGAUUCUAAUGCGACUGCAAAAAUUAGCGUAAGCCACACUAGUAAUAGCAUUAGCAGUCCUCUUUGUAAAUUUGGUACGGGAACAGAUUCAUCAGAUUAUGACAUCUUGUCGGAAGAGUUAAGGGUUGGGGAAAAAUUAGGGCAAGGUUCAUGCGGAACUGUAUAUCAUGGUAUGUGGUGUGGUUCGGACGUUGCUCUAAAGUUUUUUUUUAAGUUCGAGUACUCUGAUGACCUGCUACACUCUUUCAGACAAGAGGUGUUGCUUAUGAAGAAGCUCCGUCAUCCAAAUGUAUUACUCUUUAUGGGGGUAGUAACUUCACCACAGCACUUGUGCAUUGUAACAGAGUUCAUGCCACGGGGAAGUUUGUUUCAGUUGCUUCAUCACAGCACUGGUAAGAUAGAUCGGAAGCGGCGUGUGCUCAUGGCUUUAGACAUUGCACGUGGUAUGAGUUAUCUUCAUCAUCUCAACCCAGCAAUUGUCCAUUGUGAUUUGAAGUCAUCAAAUCUGUUGGUUGAUAAGAAUUGGACAGUGAAGGUUGGUGAUUUCGGUCUUUCACGACUCAAACAUGCAACGUAUCUCUCUAUGAAGUCAGGGAAAGGAACGCCGCAGUGGAUGGCUCCAGAGGUUAUCCGUAACGAACCCUCAGAUGAGAAGUCAGAUGUAUAUAGCUUUGGGGUAGUAUUGUGGGAGCUUGCUACAGGAAAGAUCCCUUGGGAUACCCUCAACUCAUUCCAGGUGAUUGGAGCUGUAGGAUUCAUGGACCGACGGCUUGAGAUUCCAGAGGAUACAGACCCACAUUGGGCAUCUCUAAUUGAGAGCUGCUGGCAAAGUGACCCAAGAUGCCGUCCAACAUUCGAGGAAUUAUUAGGAAAGCUGAAAACUCUUCAAAAACGUUAUUAUGUUCAAAACGCGACAUCAAAGACAUGCUCGGCCAGGGUUAGCAAUGAUGUACCACGAUACAAACACGAUGAAGAAGAAGUGGAGUAA